GACUCGGGCUUCGGCUCGGCCUCCGGGGAGAAGGACUGGCCGGCGGCGGUGGCGGCUGCUGCGGCGCGGAUCGGGUGGGUCUGGAGGCGGACGAGGCCGUCCCGGGCCCCGCCGGGGGAAGCGCCAUGAAGUUCCAGUACAAGGAAGAUCACCCCUUCGAGUACCGCAAAAAGGAAGGCGAGAAGAUCCGCAAGAAGUACCCGGACCGGGUCCCCGUGAUCGUAGAGAAAGCUCCCAAAGCCAGAGUGCCGGAUCUGGACAAGAGGAAGUACCUGGUGCCCUCUGACCUCACAGUCGGUCAGUUCUAUUUCUUAAUCCGCAAGCGCAUCCAUCUGCGGCCAGAGGACGCCCUGUUCUUCUUCGUCAAUAACACCAUUCCGCCCACCAGUGCCACCAUGGGCCAGCUCUAUGAGGACAACCACGAGGAAGAUUACUUUCUCUACGUGGCCUACAGUGACGAGAGCGUCUAUGGGGACCCUCGUCGACUCUGAAACCGGUCUCCCUUCCCACCCCCGUGUGCCUCUUUCCAUAUCUCACGGAAUGAAGAAUCCAUCUCAAGGGGGUGGGUCUUUCGGAUCGUUUGUGGGAGAGACUAGCUGGUUAUUGGAAUAAAUCCAGAACUGGACCAACCUAGCUUUAAUCCUGCCCUUUGAAUCCCCCCCCCCCCCAACUGUCCCGUCGUUUCCUGCGACUCAUGUUACCCCAGGACGCCACCCCACUGAGCCGAGGGGCCCCUGAGGAUCCCGACCUGCCCCUCCCCGCCACCGUUUCCCACCAGUGGCCGGUGUUCUAGGGGGCGGAGGGUGAAGCCGGAUGAAAUGGAGCCUAGAGACCCCGUAGCGUUCGGGGAAAAUGGUCAGCCCAUCUCCAGGAGUUCAGGAGGAUGGAGCCUGGCUUCCCCUCUGGUCCUUUGUACUGGGGAUUGAGAGCAGGGGAGACUGAAUAUGGGAUUCUCCCCUGCCUCACUUCCCGGUGGGAGAAACCUCUCCAGCAGAAUAGGGCAAGGGGUCCUGGUGAUGAAGGGAGGAACAGCCGCUCCCGCCCGCAACUGGAUUGGACUGUGUUUUGUCUUUCUCUGAGCCCCUCAGUUGGGGCAGGAAGCCCCAUCUGCUCUCGUUGCUUUAAAAUGCUGUAAGCAUCCCCUACUUCCCAUCCCCCGGUGUCCUAAGCGCUGGAGACAGAAUUGCUGUCCUCUCCCCUGCAGUCACAGCGCUCCCUCGCCCCCCGCCGCCCCCCACCGUGCUCCCUCGCUGUCACAGGGCCAAGAAAGGGCGGCCUCCUUUACGGCAGCAGCUGUUUCGGAGGGUCUGGGGCUGAUCCUGCCAAUGCAUUCCGCGGUGGAAGGGGGAAUCUCUGUUUUUCUGCUUUCGUUUUCUCUGUCGGGGUUAACUGGGGCUUCGGGUGGGUGGGUGGGGGGAUCCCCUGACCGCAGCUGAGGCGUUCUGCUCUGCCUGUGCCCGUCUCCGGGGUAAGGGGGAAACCCGGGUUCCGUUGUACCAGCUGUGGGUGCCUGUAAACUGAAGCUCAUGCUAUCGAAUCGAGGAAAUAAAAUCACUGCACAUUUUAAAAAUCC